AUGGUGUUUGCAUCGAGUGGUCGCCAUCCGCCACCGCUGCCGCCGCCGCCUCCUCCUCCUUCAUCGUACCAGUCCUGGCAGAAGCCGACCCCGCCGAAGCCCGAGUCCUUGGAGAAUCCCGGUACGGUGGAGGAGCUGUUCAACAAGGUGCGCGAGACACAGCCGAACUGCUUCGAGGGCGCCAAGAUAAUGCUGAACAAGGCGCUGAGCAACCACUUUCAGAUGUCGCACACGCUCCACAUAAACAACACGUCGCCCAGCUACCACUUCCAGAGCAUCUACGCGGGCACCCAGAAGCACACCGCCACCGAAGCGUACCCCGCGACGGCCGACUACCGCGGCGGCGACUGCACGCUCUCGCUGACUAUGGCCUCGCCCGGACUCGCCACUCGAUGCGGCAUGAUCGUGGCCAGCCUCCUCCAGUCCGUGGCCCCCCGCUGGACCGUCGGCUCGGAGUUGGCCUACCAGUGCGGCUACAAUGUGCCGGGCGGCCAGAACGCCAUCGUCUCGCUGGUGGGACGCUACGACAACGGCCAGUCGAUGUCUUGCGCCAAAAUCGGGCCGCCGGGCAUCCAUCUGGGGCACUAUCGGAAGUGCAGCGAACAGCUGCAGAUCGGACUCGAGGUGGAGACCUGUCUGCGCACGAUGGCCUCGGUGGCAACGAUCUCCUAUCAGUCGAAGAUACAAAAGGGGGACGUUCAGUUCCGCGCCAGCCUCGACACCAGCUGGCGCCACAAAACGGGCCAGUUUAAAAUCGGAGCCGGGGUGGUCAUUGGCUGA